AUGGGUGGAUCGUCAUUAUUCGGCUCCGAUUCAGAAUCCGAUGACGAGCUCGACGACGCAAGUGCUGGCCCCUCGCAAUCACAGGGGUUCGCAGAUUCUCGCACCGCACCCCCACCGCCGCGGUCACGCUGCGAGGACAGGUCCUCCACCGUAUCACCGCGUGCGGCCCCCGAGGGCUUAUUCCACUUACCCCAGGCGAUCCCAAUCGAACUGCAAUCCCUCUUGGUACACAACAUCACCACCACGUUACCCCUGUCGGUGAAGCAGGACCAACUCAUGUACUUUGCGCAUCUCCCACCCGCUCUCGAUCCACUCUUGGACCGUCUCAACGCCGACAUACCUACUUAUGGUCUCCCUACCGAGGUACUAGAAGAUUUGUUGGACCGACCUGAUCAUGAGCGUGAUCGACAAGCCAUCAUCAACCUCUACCGACCCGGAAUGGGAAUCGCGCCUCACGUCGAUCUACCGCACCGGUAUUCGAGCGUCAUCCUAGGCAUCUCCUUACUCGGCACGACCGUAAUGGAUUUUGUUUCGACAUCCGAUUCCGAGAACAAGUUCGAGUUGGUCUUGAGACCGGGGGACGUGUACAUCUUGUCGGGGGAGAGUCGGUACGCUUGGACGCAUGCGAUCGAGUAUCGGGAUUCGGAUUGGAUCGAGGGGGAGGAGAGGAAGAGAGGCCUUAGACUUAGUGUCACGUUGAGAAGGAUGAAGGAAGGGGGUCAUGUCGUAGGGUGA